AUGAAGUCCUUAACUUACGCUGCGUUUAUAGCAGUUGCUGCCUCUUCCUUGCCAUAUACUUCCGCUACCACCGUUUCAAACAACUUUCAAAGUCGUUGUUCGGGCCUCUUGCAAAGCUUCCACCCAGAUCAACAAACAACAGUUCUCGUCGCUGAAUACCUACCUAAGGGUUCUAACUUUACGAAUCCAAUUGCCCACCCAACAUGUGCCGGUGGUUGGCUGAGUAAAUCCAUUUUGACGGACAUUUGUCGGUUAAGGCUCAAUGUUUCUACAAGUAGCACCUCUAGCGUCAUUAUCGAAGCAUGGAUGCCUGCAAAUUGGAAUCAGAAGGGGAAGAGAUUCGCCAUGACGGGGAAUGGAGGUUUGGCUGGAUGUAUUGCAUUUGAUGAUUUGAACUACAUCAGCUCUCUUGGUUUUGCAACUGUUGGACAUAACAAUGGUCAUGACGGCGAUACUGGUGUUCCAUUUUUUAACCGCCCUGAGGUUGUCAAGGACUUUGCGUAUCGAGCUCUUCUUACCGCAACAAAAGUCGGCAAGAAAGCCGUGAAACACCUCUAUUCUCAGAACCUCAGAAAGUCAUACUUCCUAGGAUGCUCAUCCGGUGGUCGCCAAGGCCUCAAAGCUGCUCAAGACUUUCCUGAAGAAUAUGAUGGUAUAAUAGCGGGUGCCGCUGGGAAUAAUUGGAAUAACCUCAUGUCCUCUUUCAGCUACUACUGGAAGUUUGUUGCAAAUGGCAACAACCCAGCAAUCCUGACGCCAGAGCAGUGGGUUGAAUGGCGGGAUGAAGCUAUAAGGCAGUGCGACAAAAUCGACGGGGUUCAAGAUUUAGUUAUCGAAGAUCCUAGGAAAUGUAGAUUGCGACCGGAAGCGAGACUUUGUGUUCCCGGGAAAACUUGGAGUUCUAAUAAGUGUUUUACAAGUGCUCAAGUCACCUUCUUAAGGAAGUUAUAUGAGCCUUUCUAUGGAAAUAACGGCACAUUUCUCUUCCCUGGAUUCGGACCGGGCGACGAAACUAUCACUUCAGUUUGGUUCGCAACUACUCCACCGCAGUAUACUGUGGACUGGUACAGAUAUGCACUCUUGAACGACGAAAACUGGACGGUGGAAGCCAACUUCGACCUCGACGCGGUCGACAAUGCCAAUAGAAUAGACCCCUACAACAUUUCAACAUACAAAGACCUAUCAAAACUCAAAGCCUCCGGUCACAAGCUCUUAACUUACCACGGACUGGCAGACGGCCUCCUGAGCCACGAGGGCUCGGACAGAUAUUACGAAUCUAUAGUCCGAAGGAUGGGUCUCCCUUCUGCCAAAUUGGACAGUUUUUACAGAUACUUCCCGAUUCCAGGGUUAGGCCAUUGCGCGACAGGAAAUGGUGCUUGGUAUAUCGGUGCCGCAAAUCAAUACACGGAUGCUCCUGCGGCGACUAUCGAUCCUGAAGGUGGGGUGCUUAUGAGUAUGGUUAAAUGGGUUGAGCAAGGCAUCCCACCUGAGAGGAUAAUUGGCAGGGGAUUCACUGCGGACGGCAAGUUGGCUUCGACGAAAAACCAUUGCAAGUGGCCGUUGCGAAAUACAUAUUUAAGGGGUAAUCCAACUAAGCAGAAUAGUUGGGGUUGUUCGUAG